AUGCUUCUCGCCCAAGAAACCGUGUUCGGAUGGAUUUUAACUGGCUGUGCGGAAGCAUCGAGUCCAGCCAAAAAUAUCGUGUCCUUUUACAAUGAAGUUAAUCUGGACAAGCAGUUGACCGCUUUUUGGGAAUUAGAAGACAUCCCCAGAAAGAGAAUUCUCAAUGACGAUGAUACGUAUUGCGAAGAGCUCUUCAAGGCAACAACUACGAGAAACGUUGACGGAAAAUACGUUGUCUCUCUACCCUUCAAAAAGGAGUUUCCAAAAGCUGUGUGCCUCGGGCCUUCGCUGAAGAGUGCGUGUUCGCAGUUCUACCGGAACGAGGUACGACUAGCGAAAAAACCUGUUCUUGAAACAGAAUAUAACCGCAUCUUAACGGAAUACGAAACGUUAGGACAUAUGUCGAAAGUAAACAACGUGUCGGCAAACGCGACAGAUUGUUAUUUUUUACCGCAUCACGCUGUCUUGAAGGAAGAAAGUACCAUCACUAAGGUCCAAGUGGUGUUCAACGCCUCAUGCCCUACCGCUAACGGCGUGUGUUUAAACGAUGUUCUACUCCCAGGUCCAAUACUACAGGCCGAUAUAACCAUACCCAUCCUCCGCUGGAGAUUGUAA